GCAGCGGCCGCUUCCUAGAGGCCUUGACGGGAGUCACCAUGGAGAUCUCUCGGAAGCGGGUGGAGCGAAAGCGGCAGCGUGCGGUGGAGAAGGCCACGGAUCCGGUUGCGGCGGCAGAGCGGCGAAGGGAUCGCACAGAAGCCGGGAAGAUCCAGAAGCGGAGAAAGGUGGAAGAGUCGGCCAAGCUCCGAGGAGGGACCAAGCGCAUGCGAACGGGGGGCAUAGGCAUACCCGGCCCCGGCGCCUCAAGGAACGGAGGGGGGCGCGGUGGACGAGAUAGCAGUAAUAGGGGUGGGGCGAGGUGGUGGUCGGCGUGUUGGUGGGAGAGGGAAGAGGAGGAGGUGGUGGUAGGGGCGGCGGCGGCGGACGUGGUCGACGAUAAGCGACACGGUUGUCGUCGUUUAGCUAGCACGUUGUAGCGAGGGAGCCAGUGAUGAGGAUUGGGUUGUCAAGGAAUGAGAAGGCGACUUGGAAAGAAUGGAAGAAUAAAUGGCGCACCGAUGCGGAUUCGGAUUCAAUGCUUUCGACGUGUGAUUCGCGAAGGUGCGUUGAGUCCCACGCUGAAGUCACGCUACGGAAGUCAACCAACAGGACAGGCCCUCUCACAGCUGUUCAGGAUUUGGGUCCAACCUAACCUCUAAUUACGCGAGCAUACCACAGGGUCUGACCCGCGUCGAGUCAGUCAACGAUACACAGGUCAAAGCUCGUUGUUAGUAAACUUGAUC